AUGCCAAAGAGAAAAAUAGUUCCGAAUAAAGACAACAGCAAGCGCACGGUUUCUCACGAUGACCUGACCCCACAAAUACAAGAAUUUCAGAAUCUAAUGGAUCUGGAAUCUAAAAAAGCCGAGAUUAUCAGACAAUCAUAUUCGAAACAAAACUCCCUUUUGGCCAAGGAUAACUCAGUAUUAAAAAUCAAAGUGAACGGUUUGGAGAAGAAAAUAAGCCAGCUGGUGCAAGAAAAUGUGACUCUACGAUCUAAAACCUCUAUAAGCGAGGCUAUUUACAGAGAACGGUUGAGUAAUCAACUACAGAUUAUUGAAAAUGGAAUCAUCCAAAGGUUUGACGAAAUUUUCUACAUGUUUGAAAAUGUUCGUAAAAAUGAAAACUUACCUAGUUCAAAUUUAAAAUCUCUGUUGAAAAGAACAAGUUCCAGGUCAAGAUCAUGCUCAUUGUCGUCGCCCACAUACUCAAAAAAUUCUAACGAGCAGUCGAGUCACCAGUAUCAUCCCUCACAUGAAUCAAGUUUCAAUAAAGAUGACAGUCAGGAUCUUGAACCCAAGACAAAAAAAAGAAAGAGCUCUAGGCGGCAAUCCAUGUUUAUAUCCACAAGUUUAGAGCCAGAAGAUGAAACCAUUCAGCAGGAACCCAUAACGAAUGAGCCUUCUCUGAAGGUACCCGUAGGACUACCCGAAUCUGCGCAAAUAGAAGAAGCAACAGAUACAUUAAAUAUUGAAGAGGAAGAUAAUGAUUCAACCAGCAAUUUUACCAAUUCAAUUAUAGAAUAUUCCAUACCCGAAGAAAACUCUACAGAACCCGAGCAUUCAUCUUCUAAACUAGAAAUAUUCAAUGAUAGCACAAAUAUCCUAACUACUGCAUCACCAAAUCAUUCAUCGCUACGUUUACCGAAUCCAUCGGAUCCACCGGCUAAUUUGGGGGCCACCAUUGGUGAUACUGCAGCUGUCUAUUCUUCAUCAUCUUCUUCUACAAACUCUCACCCAAAGGCGAAAAUUAAACAUUCCAUGAAGCCACCUAGAAUAGAAUUGAAAAAGAAAGUUAUUGACGAAGUUAUGCCCGUAAGUAAUGUGAGCAACAAUAGCGAAAUAUCAUUUACUAGAACAAGAAGAACUCGUGGCAGAGCCGUAGAUUACACAUUACCUUCACUAAGGGCAAAAAUGAGGAGACCCUCUGAAAAACUUGUGGAUGCUACUACCGUGAUUGAUAUACAUGAUUUACAAGUUUCCAACAGAAAUCGGGAGACCUCACAUAAGAGAAAAAGUUUAUCCAAUGAUUCAAUACCCGAUGAACCGCAAUUGAGAGAAGUUGUCGUCUCUAAAGAUUAUGGAACUCCAAACGGGAAGGAGACCGAAGAACAAAUACACAGCAAUACCACUCACCCAAUAACAACUAUAAACAACAGCAGCAGCCAGAGAAAAGUAGAAAAUAAAAGUAGCAACAGUAGCUCCCAAAAAUCGUCGCCUCUACUUGACAUUACCAAUAAAUCCGAGAAUAAGAGGAAGUUGAUGAGGACUAAAAAAUUGUUCAAAAAUGCUAUUGUCAAUAAUUUAUCUGAUGAAAAUUCCACUUCCCGACAUUCGAAGUUACAAAAAGGAAUCAUAACUGAUAAUGGCAAUAACAACAACAACAACAAUUCUAAUUUCAAUAGCGUUAAUAAUAAAUCUGUCAGCUUUAGAUUAAAUGAAGAUGAUUUAGCAAUAUUUGACUUAUUUGGAAAUGGUAAGACAGUAAAACAUCAGGCAAAAACAUAUCGCACCAAAAAAUGA